UGUGCAGAAUGCAGAAGUGAGAAGGUGAUGUGGCUGCAAGCGAUACUGCUCUCAGUUCGAGCGAUGAGGAAGUCUCACCACACGCACACAGGUAGCAAGAACUGGCAGCCACAGUGUGAAAUUGUAAUCUGAAGGUUAACAUGUCUGUGGAUGGGACCGAGCUGCUUUUUGAGAGCUUUCUACAAAAAAGAAAAGACACGGUGAAAAUGAGAUGGGUCACAUACUGGUUCAGGCUUCAAAACACAACCUUGUUCUUCUACACUAAGAAGAAUGGAAGUGCUUCGAGCUUGAGAGGAUUUUACUACAUAUACACAGUGCAGUCAGUGCGAGAGGUCCAGAAAGCAGACAGGAAGCGCUUUAUUUUUGAAAUAACCAUGACAAAUGGAAAGAAAAAAGUGUUGGCAGCAGAGACGGAGGACCUCAGGAAGGAGUGGGUGGGAUACCUCUGGCAGGCCAUGCAUCUCUCUGCCUCUACGACCUCCGUCUCUGAGGACGCACAACUUGAUGUGUGUGAGCAGCGAGAAAGACUACAUAGCAUGGCACCCAUCUGCUCACACCGCGAAAGUGUCAUGGAGGAGCUUCCAAUUCGGCCCCUCUCUGCGCCCCCUCCCUCUGACUACAUCUACGCACAACCCCAUAAAAUCUGCCCCCGCACCAAAGACACCUGGCAACCCAAGGAGACCUCUCAGCCCCAAAACACCUGGCAGCCCAUAGACACCUGGCAACCCAAGGAGACCUCUCAACCCCAAAACACCUGGCAGCCCAUAGAGCAGGACAACGAGGAGGAGAUUUAUCAGAACACAGGGAAAGCCUACCAGAAUCGCAACGAUUACUGUCCCAGCGAUCCCCAGUGGUCCAGCCAGAUGAGCAGUGCAGAGGCCGAACAAGGAGGACACUAUGAUGUUUUGCCUAUUAGAAACAGGUUGUGUAAGGUGAACCCCUCAGCAGAGGCAGAAGAGGACGUUUACGAUGUCCCUGCGUCCUACAGACAGACUGCUGAAUGUCAUGAGAGUGUCUAUGACGUGCCAAGCUCACUCCUGAGAACCAUGUCUGAUCACACCAUAGACGAUCAGCCAGAGGAAGGAACCUACUGGAAUAUAUGAGGUGUAGUUUCAGAGCAUCGGUGGAGGCCGGCAAACUCACCAGCUUUGGAUUGGAAGACCGUCGCUGCUUC